AUGUCGGAAAUGUCUGCUAUGAACAGAAAGCUGAUCCAAACCCUCGCCGAAACAAUCUCAAAACAAGUGGAGCACUUCAAUAAAACAGAGGUUGCGUGCCUUAUCCGAGAGUUUGACGUGCUGCUAGGGGAGCCGAUAGUCCCCGGUAGAGCCGCCAGCGGCCUGGACAGAGGCAGGUUCAGAAGCAUCCUGCACAACAGCUUUGGGAUGACCGACGACAUGAUCAUGGAUGGAGUCUUCAGGACAUUUGACAAAGACAAUGACGGCUUUAUUAGUAUGAAAGAGUGGAUUGAGGGGCUGUCGGUUUUUCUGCGUGGGACCUUGGAUGAAAAAAUAAAAUACUGCUUUCACGUGUAUGACUUGAACGGCGACAACUACAUCUCUAGAGAAGAGAUGUUUCAUAUGCUGAAGAACAGCCUCAUCAGACAGCCCACUGAGGAAGACCCUGAUGAAGGAAUUAAAGAUCUAGUGGAGAUCACACUGAAGAAGAUGGACCAUGACCAUGAUGGCAGGCUGUCGUUUGCAGACUUUGAGAAUGCAGUGAGAGAGGAGAAUUUAUUGCUUGAGGCUUUUGGAACAUGCCUCCCUGACACAGCGGGUAUUGAGAUAUUUGAGCAGCACAUAUUUCAGGAUCAACUGGACCAAUGGUGA